CGCACAUUCACAGAUGUUCCUCUCAGGAGAGGCGCUUUGGGAGUUGGCUGAUCAUACGGCUGUCGGCGACACAAGACUCAUUGCAACUAUCUUCCAUUUUGCCCUUUGCCUUCUGCUCUCUGCCACCUCUUUGCUGCCAUCAGUGACGCCUCAACAGUGACGGCACCUUCUCUCAGUGCAUAAGAGUCCAAUUCGCCAGUCUCAUCCGACAGAGCUGGUGCGGAUAAAUCGUCCGCCGCUGCAGCAAUGUAUUGCGCCUCUCGCAUUCGGAUCAACGUGACUGCUGUCACGCCUAUCGGCCCGUCGCAAGACCGAGGCGAAGUCGUGGAGCGCGUCGCCAUCAGCAUCUCAUCCUCCUCGCCCCUCUCAAACCUGCUGACGCUCGUCCAACAGACACUGAAGAGCGAGGGGAUCGAGAAUGCGUCCAUCACUCGCGUACUCAAUGGCGCCCUAGCUGCUAUUCCGCUGUCGAGAUUCGACGUCGGCAGGAAGGAGGAGCGGGUGUGUGACUACCUGCGGGACUCGGAUGACCUUGUGAUUGUACUAGUGAUCCAAGGCCAUAUGGGAGAGGGGGAGGGAGGGGCUGGCCUCGGCAAAGGGAAUGGCGUGGUGAUAUCUCUCAACCCCUACAGUGUGUCAGCAUUGAGCACUGCCAGGGGCGAGCCACACAAGGAGAGCGCCUCGCUGCUGGCUCAGACGGGAUUGAUCGUUCCACCGAGCUUCGACGACACGGCCCGCGAUGCAAGUGGCACCCAAGCCGAUGCAGACCAGGUACGCGUGAAUGAAUGCGGCGCAGUGCAGUGUCUGUGGGUCUUGUGGUCUUGCACUCAUAUCUUUGUGUCGGUCAGACACCUCCUGAAGAUGCCCUCACCUCUCACCCUGAGGACGGCGAGCAGCACCAAGAGACGACCGAGACGAGAGCAGAGGAGGAGCUCACGCCAGCUGCAGUCGAAAGAGACGCUGCCGACGAGCGAUCGAGACAGGGAGGAGCAGGGGAGCCUGAGCCGGGACGCGGGAUUGACGAUAGAGGUGCAAGGGAUGCACAGGACGAAGGAGACAAGGCACUCCCUGGGGGUGAGUGCAGCAUACGGACGGACAGCAAGUGGCGAUAUGUAGAGAGUUGUUUGUAUCAGCGUUGUCCCGUUCUGGCCGUCAGAUGCAGUGCCUUUGAUGGGUGAGAUCGGUGACUUCAUGGUCGAGUUUCUCACACCUCGGCUGCAGCACUUCAUCACCAAACGCUUCAACGACGCCCUCGUCAACUACACAAGGUAAAACAGGUCAGCCAGUCGCACCAUACACGAUCCACCACCGCCUCUCCGAUGGUUGGUGCAGGUAUGUCCCGAUUAUCGGCAAACGGGUCGGCUCUCGGUUCCAUGGUGUCUGCGGCUCCUUUACGCCUGUGUUCCUUUGCCCCGUUGAGCCCACCCGGCCGUCGAGUCCCAGACCAGUUCAAUACCAAUGCGCGAAGGUCGAUGUGGCGCUUUUUGAUCGGUUGGUCCAGUGCCAGCUCUCGAUGCUAAGGAGGCAGAUGCACUAUGUCAAGACGUGCCUCUCGGUAAGUAGAAGAGCCGGUUGGCACGUGCUUUCUGCCCUGACUGACCAUCGCGUCAUCAUCAGGGUCUGAGGGACCUUGUCCGGCGGGGCAUGCCUACGACGGCCUCGACGACACUCGUGCUGCCCAUGCGGACACAUGAGCUCACAGACGGAUAUGAGGAUGUCGAAGACACUGGUGGUCCGCUGUUUUGCUCAAACCUGGCUGGGACAAGCCCAGUCGUGAUUGUCGCUGUGGCUGGUGAGUCGGCAGAUGCGAUGGACCGACUUCGGGUAUGAAAGAUGCGUAGCGUGCGCAAUACCAGGCGAAUGGAGGUGACGUGUGUGUGCAUGGCAUGUGCUUUUCUAUGUGUGUUCAUCCAUUGAUUGGCACAGGGGGCCCUGACCGAGCUCCUCAGAGACGUGCUGGUGACAAAGGCACGCUUCAACAUCAUCAGAUACACAGCGGGUGGUGUUCCUCGCGCCUUCGCACCCCAACUUGUGGAGCCCUCACCAGAGGUACACAAACACGGACCUCACCACAAAUUGACGUCCGUCUGUCUGUCGAGGUUGGUGGUUGUGUCUCGAUCGCCGUGAAUGCAGGUGUUGCAUGAGUGUGAGGAGUUUGUGACUACCCUGCCCGCGUGUGACAAGUGCAGCCUCAUGGACGGGAUGAAGGCUGCCUUCGAAAUGGACGGUCUCGAUGCAAUCCACGUCAUAUCGAAUGGCCGGCAAUUCACACACAACAAACAAAGCCAAGAAGCCAUCCUCAGGGUAACUAACUGCUGGCAAACAGACAGUGUCAGACACACAAGCAUCCCCGCCCGUACAUGUUGCUUGUCGAUCUGUCUGUCUGUCUGUCCAUGCAUGUGUUUCAGGAGGCGGCAGCCCUCAAUGGGCGUCGCAUCCCGAUCCACACGAUAGCUGUCGACAGCGGCUCAUCCGGCACUCACUUGCUCCAGCACCUCAGCCAUCAGUCUGCGGGGAGCUUCAUCAGCAGCAGCCUCGGUGACGGCAGUCGGCGGCAGGAAGUGGAGGCUUCAAGAGCCAUCAUCGCAAUGGGCGAGGGGUAUCGUAAGCACCGCAUGGCCAUCGGCAGACACAUGCGGCAGUGCGAGGUGAGUGAGACACAACCGCGUGUAACUAUGAAGUCACCCAUUAUCUAUGGCAUUGAACAGGUUUUGUUGCGCGACAAGGAGGCAGAAGAGCAGAUAUGGCUUGAGGAGCAGAAAUGCGCAAGAAGGUUAGCUUCGACCACACAAGCCAGGCGUGAGACACGCUUUGAGAUGGUAUUUGUUCAGGCUCAUCCUCGCCUGUGGCCAGCCAGUGCGGCUGCCUGAGGAGGAUGCUUUACGGAUUGUCGAGCGAGUGACUCUGGCGAACAACCAGGGGGGCGUCUGCUUCCUCACUGAGCGACGAAAGCAACAGGUGAGGCGCACAUCAUGGGCUAGAGUCAAAACCCUGCACCCACAAACCCGAAACCCCAAACCCUGCGGAAAGAAGAGAAGAAGGCCUGCGUUGCGAAUUCAUGCCACCGGUUAAGUUCUGCAAUUCUAGACACGCCACCUAAAGUCAGGCAAAGCCAGUAUUCAGCCACGACAACACUAGUACCAAAAACCAAUGUGGACACGCUGGGGAUCGAACCCAGGGCCUUCUCGAUGCAAACGAGAUGUGAUACCACUACACCACACGCCCAAGUGACACUUCAUCGGGCACACCAUCAUACGGGAUGGGCACGGAGGGGCACACCAUGAUCUCACACCUCCUUUUCCGCCUAAAUCCUCCCUCGCAUUCAUGUGUGUGUGUGUGCGUCCGUGUGUGUGUGUGAGGUCAGGUGCUCGACGCCUUCUUCGAGCGAAGGCGCCAGAAUGGAAAGGCCGGAUACAUCCACAAGUCGAGUGGUCCCACCGCCGUCGCUGUCACCGUCAAGCCAAGGUGAGCACGGUGCACCGACAGCCUGCUUUUGCUCAUGUUUCUGUCAUCAGGCCUCCUCGCCCACCAUCGAGUCCCCUUGUUCCAUUGCACAGUGAGCGGGCCCAUUGGAACAGCAGCACCAACCUGAGGCCUCCGUCCGGCCGGAGAAUCGUGAGAAGGAAGGCCACCAAGAGCUCGUCGUCUGCCAAUCCGUGGACUGACCAGGCGCAGCCCUGUGCAGAGAUCGGAGGGCAGGACGCAGAGAACUAUCGCAAGAUGCUGAGGAAGGGCAGGCGGCCGCCAAGGCCGCCGGUGGUGCGCCCACCUCCAAGCCAGCCCAAGACAGGUCAGGAGUGGGGCGAUGGAGAGGGAUCGAUAGAUGGAUGGUUCACAUGGCACAUCGUUGCUGUCCUGUUUGUUUGCAGUUGAGGAGGUGGGUAUCGCGCCCGGUCCGCCAGAGGAGCCAUCCAAGAACCCAUGGGACUCACUGGUUUCGGUCCGUCGGCCGUCCCCUGACGCGACGGGCAGAGAAGGCAGCUCUCUGUUGCCUGAGUUGGCGGAGAGCACGCCCCGUGCGCAAGCCGUGUUCAGCACGCCGUCCUUCACUUUCAUGGCGGAAGAGGAGAUCGUGGCAGGGGGGCAGUAAAUCAUGAAGACGGUCGAAUGCAUGGAGGCAGACGCAGACAGACCGACAGACAGACCGACAAGAAGACAG